CCCCCCAACGCCCCCCCCCGAAACACUCCCUCAAGGCUACGUUAUUGUUCCUGCCUAUCAGUGUCAUUUCCACAGGCAGCCCUGCCUGAAAAGGGAGUGAGGAAAGUAAGGCAGGUGAGAGAGUAGACGAGACAGCAGCAGAGCAGGAACGCGAAGAGCAUAUGAAAUAGCCCAGACGUCUUCAGCCCAGUGUGGACAGCCCUUCCCACAAGAGGACCCUGCACUGCUACACCUGUAGAACGGAAGACGACUUCAGAUCAGAGAAUGCGAUCCCGUCCCAAGAGAGGCUAAAACAGGAGGUGGAGGACUGAACUCAGCACAGUGCAAACAGUUGGACAUAAGGAAAGCAUAAAAGAGAGGACGUACCCAUAAGAUGGAUUCAGGGCCGACGGUGUGGCACACCCAGGUGGCUCCUCUGGAGGGGGACAUGGAGAAGGGCCCCGAGCUGCAGUGCUCCAUUUGCUUCACCACUUACGACAACGUCUUCAAAACGCCCAAGCAGCUGGACUGCACCCACACCUUCUGCCUGGAGUGCCUGUCUCGCCUCAUGGCCAUAUCGAUGGACCCUCAGGAGUCCAAGAUCUCCUGCCCGUUCUGCCGGCGCCCCACGCCUAUCCCCAAAAACGGACCCCCAGCCCUCACCACCAGCCAGGAGGUGCUGUGCCGCCUGCCUGUUCACCAGCAGCAGGAGGAGGCCGUGUGGCUGGAGGGUGAGAAGCUGUGCUAUAAGCAACCGUUGGAGACCGGCAUGCCAGCCUUCUGCAUCUGCAUCGAUAUUGGAGCGAGCGGACAGGCCGGAGUUCCUCCAGCUCAGACCCGCUCGAGACCAGGCCUGCUGGAGCGGCUGACCGACUGGAAGAAGCUGCUGCUCUUCAUCAUCAUUAUGGUAUUGCUGGUGGUGAUUGUGCUUUGGCCCCUGCAGUGUAUCAUAACAACGGGCUCCAUGCGCUGCAUACCGAGGCCCCCAAGGCCCCCGGUUAGCACACUGGUCCCUCUUACACUGACCCAACCAUAAGGGACACCAAAGGAAUGUAAAAGAACUUAUUAGCAUAAAAACUGUUCAUCUUACACUCCAGAGACUUGGACCCUAAUCCACCAUGGACAAAUCACAAUCUAAGGGUUAAUGGUAUUACUGAGAGGCUGCUGAGUUCCAAAAGCAUCUGUCAUUUUAAGGCCUUUGGACAAACUAAGCUGUGAUGACACAAAAUGACAUUUGAGACUCAUAUUCAUCUUCAGAAAGCUCCUGGAGAGCAGACAGUGCUGGAACAAGAAUCAGAAUGCACUGUCCACUCUGAACUGGACUGAGUUGUCUCAUACUGAAAAGACACUUGUAUUUUAUACAAUACUGUGCAGAAGUCAGAGACCACCAUUUAUUUAUUUAAUCUGCAGUCAAAACGGUUAUUACAGUCAAAAGUUAUUCAUUUUUUUCAGGAUAUUUUUGACGAGAUUAGAUAUAAGGUAGCCCAUUUGCACAAGGACGGGGAAAGUUGAAGAAAAAACAAGUUUCCAAAACUGGUCUUCAAAAAUUGCUAAAAGAUAUAGAAAAAAUGAAACUCCUAGCAACCGUGUGAGAAGAUAACUCAAUACUGUAUGUGUAGUAAUGAUGAAGUUGUUACUGAGAACAGGAAAUUUGCUUAUCAAACCUACCAGCUUUUAAAACUGACCUAGACAAACAUGCCUGCGGGUUUCUUUGAGAAACUGAAAGCCAGUUCAUAAUGAAUGAGGCAGGGAAAAGGGUGGACACUCCAAGUCAGAGGUGGUCCUGGAAAGUUCAGGUCCAACACACUUGGCUGUAAUAUUCAGAAGCCUCUGAAGGCCUUCAUUACCUGGAUCAGGUGUGUUAGAUUAGCAUUGGAGCUGAACUCUGCAGGGUGAUGUAUCACCAGGACCAGGACUGGGCACCGCUGCACUAAAUAGUGAAAAAUGGAUAUCAUAUGUCUCCUGCUUUCCUCCUGACAAAAUGAAUAGCUUAAAAACUGGAAAUUAAAUAAAUAAAGGAUGGUCUUUCACGUUUGCACAGUGCUGUAUGUGCUUGUUGUAUCAUACUGGCUGCUGUAACACAGAUAUCGUCACCAUCCCACCCUGAGAGACCAAGCAGUGGUUGUGCUUGUGUGCCUCUUUAGUAUAAUGAGACUCAUAUUCAUCUUCAGAAAGCUCCUGGAGAGCAGACAGCGCUGGAACAAGAAUCAGAAUGCACUGUCCACUCUGAACUGGACUGAGUUGAUUUUACAGGACAGAUGAGAUCAUGUGUGGUAGGGCCACUUUUUUGUGCGAUGUAAACAAGUCUAAUAAGAAUAAGAGAUGGGCUACGAAUAAUGCUUAUCUGAGAUCUACAUACCAGUGACCAACGUUUGCACUUUCCAGAAGUAUUCACAUUAUUUUAUGACUAAAUCAUAAUGUUUGAUUUUAGAUAUGAAUGUGACUUAGUUGGUAGGUAAUUGCAAGGUUGACCAAUAAGAUGACAAACAUGCCAGCUGAGUGAUUAUUUGUAGAAACCAGAUAAAUGUAGCUACAGUAUUCAACUGGUGGCUCUUUAUAAAGAAAAUCUCUGCCAACAUUCAUUAAAAGGUUAUAUUAACUUUUUAAUAACACUAUGAAUGUCUUACCAUGCAGUUUUUUUGCUAUCAUGACCCCCUUUCUACAAUUGUACAUACAUUGUGUAUUGUCUAUUUGAUUGCUCUGUAUUAUGGAAUACAUUAUAUUUUUGGUUACAAAAAAUAAAUGUUGAGUAAACAUGAA